AUGUUCAAGGCCUCGGAUCAUUUUCGCUUGGCACAUGCACUUCGGCUUUUCGGUGCGCCUCUCUGGGCUGUGCAUCACUUCAGUCGACGAGGUGUCGGACCUCUCGCCCAGCAGACCCUAUUCUUUGCCACUGACGCUGAUGUCUUACAAUUAGUUGCACUCGAACAAGAGAAAAGUCCGAAGGAAAAACACGUGGCCGCUGAUUCGAAACCGCACCGCGAGCAGCUCCGGCUCCCAGGUUCCGAUGACGAGGACUCACUCUAUCAGGAGCCGUUCGAGGAGAAAGUCUUCGCUACGCGAACUCGGGCCGAAUGUGACGCUGGCAACACGAAACUUCUGAUUGAAACGACCGACGAAGCCGGCGCCGUCAAGCUCGAAAGCCUCGAGGACUUUUCCCUCGAUCAACAGACGAGCAAUUCUGGGGAGAAGUCCAGCUCCGAAUCCCUGCAACGAGCUGUCAAUGGACUGAUGGAGGACAUGCACACUAGCCCACUGCCGUACGCGAUCCGGAGCAUGCCCUCGAUGAAGUCCACCGAUCCCGAAGCGGUGAUAUUGCCACUCCUGGCGGAAAAAACAGCGAUCGCCAUCGAGGGAAUCGUGGCCAUACCGGUCGAAUCGACAAAAUGCAUAUUCUGCGAAGCUGUAUUCAAGACAGCCAAUGAACUGAAGGAACACAUGAGAAUCGUUCACGCCAAGGACGCUCGGAAGAAAUGCAGAUCGACUCCGCAACGCGAGCUUAAGACUGAGAAAGCCCCAACGCCCCUCCCUAGGCAGGGAGCCUCCACGAAGGCUCGGCGACGUAAACCUCGGACAGCGGGGAAUUUGGGCUCGCACGAAUGCCAAAUUUGUCAUAAGAGGUUCCAACAGAUGGGACAUCUACGGAACCACAUGAGGCUCCACACGGGUGAGCGGCCCUUCGUCUGUGAGAUGUGUGGGAAGGCGUUCUCUCAGUCUGGACACCUAGUGUCCCACAUCAAUAGUCAUACCAACACUCGCCCAUACGAAUGUCCGUACUGCAAGAAACGAUUCACCCAAAGCGGGCACCUUCGGAAUCAUGAACGUCUUCAUCUCGGGAUCCGACCAUACCAAUGCGGGCAUUGUGGGAAGUCGUUCACCCAAUCCGGUCAUCUCGUCAAUCAUCUUCGACUCCACGACGGCGAGAAACCUUACAACUGUCCUUUCUGCACCAAGAAAUUCACCCAGUCGGGCCAUCUAUCCAAUCAUUUGAAGACGCACAAUGAAGGCCGUGGCCAUCAGUGCAACUUGUGUUGCAAGCGAUUCGCACACGCCGACUUCCUCGAAGGACACAUGAGGAUCCAUGCGGACUACCGUCCCUUCGCAUGCACGCUAUGCCCAGCGAAAUUUUCCAACGAGGAUUAUCUGAACAUCCAUCUGAAGAUUCAUGUCCCUCAGAGAAGUUCAUCGUUCCGAAAACGACGGCAGGCUUCACAAAAAGACCUGGCGGAAUACUCGGAUGAUGAGAGGAUCACCCUGGGAGGGACCCCGGUCAUCGUGCGCGUGGCGCGCAUGGACGAGGACGCGGAGGAAAACAUGAGCCAGGACUUCCAAGAAUAUUCAUCGAACGAGGAUGAGCUCAAAGAGCACUCGAACUUCGUAGGGGAAGUCAUGGCUGUCGAGGAAAUUUUGCCCGAGGGAAUCGAUCUAAUUCACGUAGAGGAAGAACUCGAACACUUGUACGUGUUCCCCUCCGAUAAUUCUAGCGCUCGAGAACCUUAG